AGUGUAACUACUUCCGCUAAAAACGAGACGAAGGAAAAUAAUAAAAAAUAAGAAAGCGUUCUUCGCACAUAAAAGUGAAAGCAGAACGUCCUUUGUUAAAAUAGAGAUCACCAAUCUAAAGCACUGAUGAUUCAAAAAAUAUAAUGAGUGCUCAAUGGAUUUCUGAAGCUCGGCUUCGCCCACAAGCACGUCUAGAUGGAAAAUGGCUAAAGACAAAUAUCCAGCUGGCCUUAACAAGAGAGGGAGUAAGUGAAUUAUGGAACGAACUUGUAAAAGACGGUGAAGUGGCUGCAAACACCAAUGAUGGUAUCUACAACAGUGCUGGUGCCCUUGCAAAGAAAGGGGAGACUGGCCGUUACUACUGCGGAAUGAAAGUCCUUUCAUGCUCCUGCUGUGAUGGACACUGUGGACCCAACAAUGGCUGCAACUGUCCUCCCUGUCAACAGUUGGACAGAGAAGAAGAGGCAUUCAGUGCCAUUGAGCAUGUCCAACCCAAGCCUUCUCAGCCUCUCAUUGAUGCCUGGACAUGGGGACAACAGCCAGAUGUGGGGCAGCUACGAGAGUGUCUGCAUUCAGUGCUGUGGGAGCAUCAGCAGCUGUGUCUACAGGCCUCCAGUACCACACUGUCUGCCACACGCUUGCAUCAGCGCCUGGCAGUGCUGGAACGCUACUUCACUGCUCUCUGCCGUCAGACUCAGGCCGAGAAGAAGCCCCCAUCGAAGAAACGUCAGGCCAACCAAAGUAACCUCAAUAAACAGAAAAUUUCGGCAGUCAAACCAGCAGAAAAAGCCACAAUGGGUCUAGCCCGAGUUGGAUCCAGAGCAGCCUUAAGCUUUGCAUUUGCUUUUUUGAGACGAGCCUGGCGUUCAGGUGAAGAUGCAGACUUGUGCAGCGAGCUGCUUCAAGAAUCACUAGAUGCACUGCGUUCACUCCCAGAGGCAACACUUUUCGAUGAAGGCUCUGUGUCCUCGGUGUGGCUGGAAGUUGUUGAACGUGCCACAAAGUUCCUGCAUUCUGUUGUGGCAGGGGAUCUGAGUGGCAGUGGCUGUGCCCACAGCUCCAGUAAAAUCCCUGUACAAGACCAGCAGAUUGCUCUGUGUCUGCUGAUGGAACUAGCUGUGCAACGUGGCUCUUUGGGCCAUAUUAUUUCUGCUGUCCUGCUGCUGCUUAAUCUGUGGAACAACAGCCAUCAUCACUAUGACAACAGAGUCAGCAGUAGUCUUCUCUCAGCUCCCCUGAUUCCUUUGCUUCGGCGCUUUGAGGGCAUCCACAAUGCUAAAUCACGCACACACAAACUAACACACUGGGAUGAGGUAACUGAGGGAUUCACAAUUAGCCCUACCGAAUGCUUUCUGAAUUACUUAACCAUUCCUGAAGAUGAGAACACACCUGUGGAUCUACGUCAAAGUGCUGUGGUUAUCAUGGCGCAUCUAAACAGACUGUGUGCUCCAUACCUUCCCCCUAGCCCUUCACAGAAGUGUGGCUGCAUGACAGUGACACAGGAGGUAGUGGGACUUGGUUGGCUAGGCUGGGCUGGCAGCAGCAACAUGUAUGGGCCACACAUUCUAGAGUUCUUCAAUGAUAUGGGGGGCAUCCAGCAAAUUGCUUGUGCAGAACGAUGUCUCCUGGCCCUCACCCGCACUGGGAGAGUGUACUCAAUGUUUUACAGUUCUGACACACAGUCACCACAGCAUGUGGGAGGGUUCGGUGACAAAGAGGUUAUCCGAGUGGCUGCUCAUUCUGAUGGCAAACACUUCCUGGCCCUCACCUUUGAUGGAGAAGUCUACUCUUGGGGAAAUGGUGAUGGAGGUCGUCUUGGGCAUGGAGACAACAUUGCACGGGAUGAACCCACGCUCAUCACAGCAUUGUCUGGAAAGCAUGUUGUACACAUCGCAGUGGGCAGCACCUAUAGUGCUGCAGUUUCUGCCAGUGGAGAACUGUAUACUUGGGGUCGAGGUAACUAUGGUCGCCUGGGCCAUGGCAGCUCUGAGGACCACAGCUACCCAUGCUUGGUGACUGCGCUAAAAGGUCACCGGGUGAUAGACGUGGCUUGUGGCAGUGGAGAUGCACAGACCAUUGCUGUCACAGACACAGGGGCAGUGUACAGCUGGGGUGAUGGAGACUAUGGGAAGCUUGGACGGGGAGGGAGCGAUGGCUGUAAGACACCAAAGCUGAUAGAGAAACUGAUGGGCCAGGAUGUUGUGCGUGUCUAUUGUGGAGCCCAGUUCAGUCUUGCCCUCACAAAAUCUGGAAGCAUUUUCUCUUGGGGCAAAGGAGACAACUUUCGACUAGGCCAUGGCACAGAAGAUCAUGUUCGUCACCCACGGCAACUUGAAGCUCUGUCUGGACGCCGAAUAGUGUCAGCUGCAGUUGGAGCUAUGCACUGUCUGGCACUGACAGAGGAUGGAGAAGUCUAUGGGUGGGGCAAGAAUGAGCAAGGACAGCUAGGGGACAUUGCAGAGACCAAUGUGGCUGAGCCGACACUUUUACCACACCUGGAGGGCAAGUUCAUUGUUGGAAUAUCUUGUGGACCCUCCCAGACGUUCCUGUGGUCAUCCAGUGGUCAGUGGACAGUGGGGUCCCACAUCCCUUUCAUUGUUGAUGUCACCCAGUGGACUUUAGAAAGAUUAGAUGAACUUUUAGGUGUUGUCUGUGAAGGCCUAGAUGGUCGUAGUGAUCGACCACCACCUCAAGACAAAGAGUGCAUGGCCGUGGCAGCACUUAACUUGCUGAAUUUGCAGCUCCAUGCAGCCAUCUCCCAGUCAGAAGAUAUGGAUGUGCUAGGUCUUGGGCAAGGUUCCCUUCUGGCAAACAGCCUGAAACACAGAGUAGUCUCUCUUGCUAGCAAUUCUGGAGUCAUCAGCACAGUACAGAUGGCAGCACAGGCCACACUACAGAGUGGCUGGUCUAUCCUGCUACCCACAGCAGAAGAACGAGCACGAGCAUUGUCAACGCUGCUGUCUGGUGGAGGCCGUGAGCUGUCAGUGAUGAGCACAGGGCAACGCUUUAUGACAGACCUUCUCGUGAGCAGCCUGAUGGCUGAUGGUGGUCUGGAGUCUUCCCUCAAUCUUGCCAUCAAAGCAGAAAUCCAGGAGCUAGAGGAGAAAAAGGAAAAAGAGGGUGAUGGAGGAGAGGCAGAUGAGGAUGAGAGUGGGAAGAUAAAUGAGGCCACCAAUGAUGUCAAAAGUGAAGCAGUGACUGCAGGAACAAGUAGAGAAGCUGCACAGUCAGAUGCCACCAGAGAGUGUCAGGCAGCCAUUCCUCUUCUUCAGCUUAUCCAGCAACUUCUUAGAAACUCCUCAACCUUCUCCUUGGCCCAGCUCCAGGAGAUAGCCAGAGACAUGGGGGGCAAGUCUCCAGAAGGGGAUGCUCCAGAGAUGUCCCCUUCCCUACAUCUUCUCCUACAGUUCCAAAGACUUCUGGUGGCCAGGAUUUUCUCCAAAGAGAUCUCCACGUUAUCCAAGCCAGCAGAAGGCAAAGAAGAGGAGGACUUCUCUAGGCCUACCUCUGAGAUUGGCUUGGAGAUGCAAGGUGCUGUUUCAGUGUUGCGCAAAUACUGCAGCCUUUUGUGCAGCCAUGUAAAUAAUGUUCUGUCAGCUGCUGUCAGUGUGGCAGCUAUCGGAUGCCGGCACUUUUGCAAUGUAUCACAUAUCAUUUCUAAAGAUGUCACAGGAGUGUUGCUGCCUGAGUUGCUGUCAUGCUUGGUGCUGCUAAGUGUUCGGUGUGGUGCAGCAGUAAGAGCCUCUCGUGCAGUGUCAGUAGUGGGACAAACACUAGAGUUGUUAGACCGCUUCAAUCAGCUAGCCCCAGGCCGUGAUCGUGAUGAUCAGGAAGAUCUGGCAUGGCCAGGCGUUUGGAGCUACACACUUGAGCGCUACACCCAGAAAUCGUUCGAUGACAUUCAGAUGAUCCGCAAAGUGGACCUGGAAAACCACAACAAGGAUGGUGGACUGUGGAUUGUAAUCCAUGGCAAGGUGUAUGACAUACAUGAUUUCAAGUCCCAGGCUCCUUGUGGUCGUGACAUCCUUCUGGAGUAUGCAGGACGUGAUGCGUCCCAUGCUUUUGAAAGUGCUCACCACUCAGAGGAGGCUCGUGAAAUGAUGCAGGCAUUCUAUGUUGGACAGUAUGUAGAUCCAGAGAAGGACAUAGUCCAGCCUAUUGAUUCGAGCACUAUGUCAUCCCCUUUGAUGGAUGCUGAACGCACACUGGGCAUGCUGUUAGGACUGCAUGCAGCAGAGCAGGUGCGCAGCUCCCCACUGGCUGCAGAGGAAAUGGAAUGUGGAGAAUGGCUGCAGGCAGACUUCUUCUCCGGUGGAUUGCAGAUGUUGCAGUCACAUAACACCUUUGACGAAGAGAAAGGUGAGACAAGGACCCCCAGCUCUAGCACCAACACACCAGGUGUCACACCCACAUCGGAGCAUAUCCAGCUUCCACAUACUGUGGACAAAGAGCGGCUGUACACAGAGGAAAAUGCUAGUGCCGACACUACUAGGCCAUUUCUUCAGGCAUUGGCUGAAGGCCAUGUACAGGAGACAUCUGUAAAAGCUUUCCUCUCUAUGGUGGAUAGGUUCUCUCAUAUCCACAACCUCAACUUUCCCAUUGAGUUUCCCCAAGACCAUCCAGUAGAGGAGGUGGGACGGUUGUUACUGGCUGUACUGCUGAAGCACACUGACCUAGCCCAUGUCGCACUUGGAUUAAUUGAACACUGCCAGGGGGAAACCGCUCACAAGCCAAGUCUCCCUCGUUCUCUGAUGGACAUUUGUAGAGCCAUUGCCUCCACAAAAAAAGCUCUCAUCAAGGCUCAUCAAGAUCAGGGGAGGUCAUACAAAGAAGUGUGUGCUCCAAUAAUAGAACGCUGUCUUUUCCUUUUCAAUGAACUGCGUCCAGCCACAGGUGAUGACUUCAACACUUUCACUCGAUCAAAGCUGUUGCGAUCCAGUCCUCGUUGGCGAGAGGUGAUUGACAAGAUUGUUGAAGACAAAAAGAAGUCCAAAAGACCUGUGGACAUUGAGGAUGACAAGGAUGCUUCAUUCUUGCCAAAAGCUGCUGUGUGCAUCGACAAAUCAAAAGACUCAGAGGCCAAAGAGAUGGUUCAUUCUGGAGCUUUUCCCAAGCCAGAUGGACCACCAGUAAUGGGGGCAGAGGGAGGGAGUGGAGAAGGGAAACCACUGGAACCUCAGGAUCACAUAGAGGAUGCAGUUGAAGACCUGCAAAUAAAGCAGGAACCAGUGGCAGCAAUCAUCAAGGGAGGAGGGGACAGCAAAGGAAUAAGACCAGGUGGUAAAAUGGAUGGUACUGUCUUCAGGGAGGAAACUGCUUGUGAUGAAGCAACAAUUAGUGGGAGGCAGAGUGACCCAUGGGAACACAUUGUCAGUGCUGUGACCAGCAGUCAUAGAAUGAAGUGGCUUCGUCAGAGGCUAACAGGUUUCAAAGCAGAUACAAUGCUUGUUAACAAGAUUGUGGAGUUCAUCCUGUAUGAACAUCCCAUUGACAUUGAGAAACUUCGCAGGUCACUUUACCACCAGGUGAGUCGAGCUGAGUUAAGGCUGAAAGGCAUUCAGAGCAUGCUGAGCCUGGUCCACCAAGAUCACUUAAUCCCCUCUGUCAAGUAUGCACUGCUGUGUGGUUGGCAAGGGCUUCUCACUGUUGGCAGCAAGCCCAACAUCCCUCUGCCUCAUUGCUUGGCAGAUGUACAGCUUAUACCACCCUGUGAUCGCAUCCUUCUGGAGAUGACAUUUGCAGAACUGUAUCGUUGGGCUAUCAACCAGCUGCGUUCUUGUGUCAUUGAAGCUGAUAUAGCUUUCAAGACCAGAGGCAUUGAUCCAGCUCAUCCCCCCUUGGACAACUCAAAGGAGCAUCUGAGUCUUGGAGCACUACCUGCAAGUCGCUUCAUUCUGGCCACCCUGGGUGUGCUUGUGGCAGAACAUCAUGCACACAGUCUCAGUUUGCUUCUUAACUCUGGUCUUCUGGCUCUCACACAGAGUAUACUUCGACUAGCAGGUAUAGACCCUGAUAUUCAGGUACCAGAAUCAGGUAUGAUUUUGUGCACUGUGCCUGAGGAGCAGAAAUCUCGAAAACAGACACAGGCUUUGCCCCUGUCAGGUGCGGAACUGGCAGCCAUGAUGAAGAUAGGAACUCGCGUCAUGCGGGGAGUAGACUGGAAGUGGGGAGAUCAGGAUGGCCCAGCACCAGGUCUAGGGCGUGUGAUUGGAGAACUUGGAGAGGAUGGGUGGAUACGUGUGCAGUGGGACACAGGCAGCACUAACUCCUAUCGCAUGGGCAAGGAGGGCAAGUAUGACUUGAAGCUGGCCCAGCCACCUGAGCAGCCUGAUCACGAUGAGGAAGAAGAUGAGGAGUCAGAAUCAGAAAAAGUAAAGCCGGACAGAAAACACCCCACAGCCCUGAUCCGCAGGUCGACCAUUGGUCUGCUGAAAGUAUUGUCAUUGUGUGCUGGCAUUCAUGCCAGUCGGGCGCAGCCUGAGGCUAUUGGAGCAUUGUGCGGCCUCAUGCACACCAUCAUUGAAUCUGGCUGCAACUAUGGACUGAACACCAACUCGGCUGCCAUUCAGAUUGCUAGUCAGCAGCAUUCACGCUGGUGUAGCCUGGGCUUUGUGCGCAGUCUUGCUACAGACCCCAUGAUGUGCCGAGCCCUUAGCUCCAGGCGCUGGGUUGCUUUGCUGAUGCGAGUGCUUGAAGAAGACCAGGGCUCAAAGUAUGCCAAGAACAUCAACAGGCAGAUCCUGACACUCAAACUGUUGCGAGCUGUUCUGCCUCACUGGGAUCCUACUGCAGAUAUCUCUCGCAUGAGUGAAGUGCUGCAUAACUUGUUUCGUCUCCUUGGAAACAUGUUAACCAGUUGCAGCACUGAUCCUACGCUUGUCACAUCAAUGGAAUCUCCAACUCCAUGCAAAGCAGUGCGGUCACGUGUGUCUUUGACAGCCUCCUAUACCAGCACAGUGGCAGAGGAGAUGGUGGUGCUGCUACGCAAACUACAUUCACUGGAUGUGUGGAACCCCCAUGUUAAUGCCUACAUCUCCAUCCAGUUGCCUGCUAUCAUUGCUGCUCUCGACUCUUCUCUCUUGGAUUCAGAUAGUUUGGCUUCAGAUUCUGUUGGAAACAUUCUAGCAGUACUGGCUGUGAUAGGUGGAAUGGACAACCGACCACGACUAGGGGGCCAAGUGCGUCAUGAAACUCACAACAUCGGUACUAUUGCACGGAUCACCCACAAAGGAAGAAUUCACGUUCAGUUUGCCAAUGACAAGCUUAGAGUUUGCCGCUUGACAGAACUUGAGCCUGUGCCAGUGAUGGACUUCAGCGUGGAGAAGAUGACUUUGACAGAGGAGAGUUUGUCCCACUGGGCACGCUUUAUUAGUCUUGGAAUGAAUAUCCUUCGCUCAGGUGACCGUGACAAAGAUCUACCUCGUGCCCCACUGGCCACAAGCACCGGCAGCAUUGAGCCGGCACCAGCCCCAACACCAAGCAGUCGUGAACUGAUUAAGCAGCAGAUCUUGCUUGGACAGAUCAGGGCAGCUGCUCGACUUUUCCGCCAUCAGAAGAACCUGCGCAACAUCUUGUCACAAAUGGUGCCCCUUGACCCUGCCACCAGUGCUGGGCAGAAUUAUGUGCUUGCCUCUCAAGGGUUAGGUGUUGAAGAUGAUGGGUCAGGAAUGGACAACAAUGGACAACAGCCUUCUAACCUGCUUCAGCAGAUUUUGAUGUUGGCUACUCAGCCAUCACCACUGAAAGCCAUGUUUAGUCUACAGGAGAUGCUGGUGGCAGCCGUUGAAGUAUGCCAGCAUCUACAGGCGGAUAUGGAUCGUUCAUCCGAUGGUGCCAUGGAUUCUGGUUCUGAAGAUGAGCAGCCUGCAACAGACAUUUCAGCAUCUUUAAGUCAGAUGUCAUCAGUGGGUGCAGAAAUGCUCUUCAGAGGGUCAGGCAUUCCUGCCAGACCAGUCAAGCGCAAAAAGCAGAAGCAGUCGCAGCCCCCUCCAGCACCCAUAGUGAGCCAGCUUGUGGAGAUGGGCUUCCCUCGCAAAAGUGUGGAACUUGCCGAAAAGGCUUUAGCCAGUGAGCUGUGCAUGGACACACCAAGUGUGGAGAGCUUGGUCAGUUGGUUGCUAGAACACCCCAGACUACCGCAGGAGGAUUCUGACUCGGAGUCAAAUAGCUAUGAUGCCCAUUCUGACACUGACUCUAUGUCCGAUGAGUUUGCAGAACUGGAGUCAUUUGAGCAACUGUCGGCAAUACCAGCAGAGACCAUGGGUAGCUCUAUUCUGUUCAAGAAGCGACUAGACUUCAUGAACAAUGAUGACUAUGCAAUGUAUGUUCGGGACAACAUCCAAGUGGGGAUGAUGGUACGCUGUUGCCGCACUUAUGAGGAAGUGCAUGAAGGGGACGUAGGCAAGGUCAUUAAGUUGGACCGUGAUGGGCUCCAUGACUUGAAUAUACAGGCUGAUUGGCAGCAUAAAACUGGCACAUACUGGGUGCGCUACAUCCAUGUUGAGCUUCUGGGCUUCACCAACAUGUCCACAUCUACUGGUCAUUCCAUCAAGGUUGGUGAUAAAGUACGAGUGAAGCAGUCUGUCACCACUCCAACUUACAAGUGGGGCUCUGUAACUCAUGGCAGUACCGGAACAGUCACUGCUAUCAACCCAAAUGGACGAGACAUCACUGUUGACUUCCCCCAGCAGGCUCACUGGACAGGUGUGAUUGAAGAGAUGGAGCUUGUUCCUAGUACACAUCCCCGUGUGACGUGUGAUGCAUGUAGUGCUAAUCCCAUCACUGGGCCCCGCUACAAGUGUCAAGUGUGUGAAGACUUUGACAUGUGCGAAAACUGUUUUCGAUCAACCAAAACUCAUCGCCACACUUUUCUGCGAUUCACUGAUCCAGAGAGUGAACCAAGUUUUGCUGGCAAGCCUGGCCGACAGGCCAAGCCUGUGGCCCGUGUCAACAAUGGUGCUGUGGUGGACAACUGGCACAUGUGUGUGAAGAACAUCACAGUCUCUUCCCGUGAAAAUCAGGCCAUGCGCCUCAUUGAUGGCAACGAAGGCUACUGGCAAAGCUCUGGCUCACAAGGAAAGCACUGGGUGAGACUGGAAAUGCACCAGGACAUGGUGAUCAAUCUCCUUUGUAUGAAAAUUGACCCAGGGGACUCGAGCUACACCCCGUCGUUAGUGGUCAUGAGUGGGGGCGAUAGCAUCCACAGCUUGAAAGAGCUUCGUACCAUUCACAUUCCAGCCAAUGAGACAGUGGUCACUCUCCUGUCCAACCUGACAGAGUAUUACAAGAUCAUUGAAAUUGGCAUCAGACAGUGCCGUAGCAGUGGAAUAGAUUGCAAGAUUCAUGGCCUCUCCAUCGUUGCUCACCGACGUUCUGAAGAGGAUGAUGCUGCAGUUGGCUUCUCCUACCUGGCCUCUGACAAGGAGGAGGAGGACGAUCGGCAGCUAAUGAACCAGAGUGGAAGCAGUGUGGGCAGCAAAAAGAAGUCCCGAAGCACCAGCUUUAAGGACAUACAGACACAUGUCUUUGUGUGGGGCCUUAAUGAUAAGGACCAGCUGGGAGGCCCCAAAGGCUCCAAGAUUAAACUGCCACACCUGAAUGAAUUUCUUUCGGGUCUCAACUGCAUGCACAUAGCAGGGGGAUCGAAGAGUCUUUUCUGUGUGACCCAGGAUGGGAGAGUUUUUGCAUGUGGAGAAGCCACCAAUGGUCGUCUUGGUCUUGGUAUUUCGACUGGAAAUAUUCUUAUUCCCCGCCAGAUCUCUGCUCUCAGCCAGUAUGUGGUCAAGAAGGUUGCAGUUCACUCAGGUGGCCGCCAUGCAAUGGCCCUGACUGUGGAUGGAAAGGUGUUUUCUUGGGGUGAGGGAGAUGAUGGCAAGUUGGGUCACUCAAGUCGAGUGAAUUGUGAAACACCUCGUCUUAUUGAGGCCUUGAAGCCAAAGAGAGUGCGAGACAUAGCCUGUGGCAGCUCGCACAGUGCAGCCAUUACUUCUAGUGGAGAGUUGUAUACUUGGGGUUUGGGAGAUUAUGGACGUCUAGGGCAUGGUGACAAUACCACGCAGCUCAAACCUAAACAGGUCAAAGCCUUGGCAGGUCAGCGUGUCAUUCAAGUUGCUUGUGGCAGUCGAGAUGCUCAGACAUUAGCAUUGACCGACGGUGGCUUGGUGUACAGCUGGGGAGAUGGAGAUUUUGGCAAGCUGGGGCGUGGAGGUAGUGAAGGUUGCAGCAUUCCACAUGCUGUAGAAAGACUGAGUGGUCAGGGUGUGAUACAGAUUGAAUGUGGGGCACAGUUCUCCUUGGCACUGACCAAGUCUGGGCAAGUGUGGACAUGGGGAAAGGGAGACUACUUUCGCCUUGGUCAUGGGACAGAUGCUCAUGUACGAAAACCUCAGCUGGUUGAGAGUCUGAAGGGCAAGAUUAUUCACGUUGCUGUGGGAGCACUUCAUUGUCUGUGUGUCACUGACACUGGGCAGGUCUAUGCAUGGGGAGACAAUGAUCAUGGACAACAGGGUAAUGGAACCACAACUGUCAACCGCAAACCUGCCCUGGUACAAGGACUGGAAGGUUACAAGAUCACACGAGUUGCCUGUGGCUCCUCCCAUUCUGUGGCCUGGGCUACGACUGACCUGUCCACCCCACUGUCACACGAGCCUGUCCUCUUUUCAUCUGCCAAGGAUCCUCUUGGUGCUUCAUUCUUAGGCAUUAAUGAGGGGUCAGCAGAUGAUCCCCUUUUUGCAGCCUCCAACUCGGAAGCAUUAGCAGCAAACAAAACUGCAAGGCCAUCCCUGUCCAAAAUCAUUCUUUCGCUGGAAUCGACUCCAGAGAAGCGCAGAGCUCUCAACCAUGUUUUGACUGCCCUACAGAUCUCUUAUGCCAGGUCUGCCGUUGUUGGUGCCCUGAUGCGUGAACCCCUUUCGCUGGCAGCUAUGAUGGAUUCAUCUGCCCAGGCAAUGGGAUCGACUUCAGUUACAUCAUUGGGAUCAACACCAGAGUCCAGCACCAUCAGCAUGCAGACCUCUGCAAUUGUAGAUCAUGCAGACAUUGGCUUUUCAAUGGCUGACUCCUUGGAAAAUGUGAGUGACAUAAGUGAAAUAAGAUAUUGCACCAGGCGACAUUCUUCCUUCCCUAGCAUGCACACACUGGCAUCCAAGGUUUCUCCCGCAACCAGCAUCAUGGCUGAAACAUUCAUUUCACCUGAAGAAGUGACACAGAAUGUAGAAACACCAUCUGAUUACCCCCCAGGACUUGAUGAGUUCACAGCUCGGCUGACAGUGGAUGAUGCCCGAGUUCUUGUGGACCUGCUAAAGUUGGCUGUAGCUAAUAGGGUGCGCAAUAAUGGGAAGGAGACACUGUCUGCAGUCUUGACUUCACUAGCCACAGCUAAUGCUAAUAUAGCAGAGAUGCUGCUAGAACUGUGUGUGACAGAACUAGAAGAUGUAGCAAGUGAUAGUGAGUAUGGCCGAGCCACUGCCCAUCCGGUCAUACAGGAGUCCUCUCAUCCCUAUACUGAUGAUACCUCGAUCACAGGACAUGUUAAGAUUCCAGGAGCUGAAGCUUUGAGAGUGGAGUUUGACCGCCGCUGUUCUACAGAGCGACGGCACGACCCACUCACUAUCAUGGAUGCCACAGGCCGUACACUUGCUGUCAGAUCGGGUCGCGAAUGGUCUGACUGGUCCCAAGAGCUGCGCAUCCCUGGAGAGGAGCUGCGAUGGAAAUUCACCAGUGAUGGCUCUGUCAAUGGCUGGGGAUGGUUGCUCACCGUGUAUCCCAUCAUGCCAGCAGCGGCUCCCCAGGAUAUGCUGUCAGACCGCACGAUUUUGUCUCGGCCCUCCAUUGAUUUGGUGACUUGCCUGUUAGAUUGCCGGCUGGAGGCAGUCAUGGAUCCCGCCAUCAGUCCACGCCUGGCGGCUUCGCUGGCAGCUUGUGCACAACUGAGCUGUUUGAGUGCUCAUCAAAGAAUGUGGGCCCUUCACAAACUGAGGAAGCUGAUGUCUAUGUACUGUGGCUCUUUCGUCAAUGUCAAUGCCCUUCUUUCCAGUCCAGCAAUGGAAGGCCCCGAACCAGAGUUGACUCGACCAUUCCACUUGGCUCUGAGUGACUCAGCACUAACUGCACUGGUGAAAGGCUUACCAGAAGCCCUGCAGCGUCAGUAUGAAUAUGAAGACCCCUUGGUGCGCAGUGGAAAACACCUCAUGCAUAGCCCUUUCUUCAAGGUACUGGUGGCCCUUGCCUGCGACCUCAACCUUGACACACUGUCCUGCUGUUCAGAAGCCCACAAGUGGGCAUGGUUUCGCCGCUAUUGCUCUGCUGCUCGUGUUGCUGCAGCAAUUGUCAAACGCACCACUCUUCCAGCAGCGUUUGCAGAGGAAGUUGGCAAGAAGGUGCUGGACAUUGCCAGUGAUGGGGAGUCUGGCAGUUUAGACCACACAGACCACGUUAUCUUCAAACAAGAGCAAGAUGAGCAGCUUCUGCAGUGGUUGAACAGAAAACCAGAUGACUGGACAUUGUCCUGGGGUGGCAGCGGACAAAUCUGGGUUUGGGGACACAACCACAGAGGUCAACUAGGUGGAGUUGAGGGAGCAAAGGUCAAGCUCCCAAUCAGCUGUGACUCCCUGGCCAGUCUUCGGCCCAUCCAGCUUAUUGGUGGAGAACAGACACUUUUUGCAGUCACAGCAGAUGGAAAAGUCUAUGGCACUGGUUAUGGUGCUGGAGGACGGCUUGGCAUCGGUGGGACUGACUCUGUUGCUACCCCAACCUUGUUGGAGUCCAUUCAGCAUGUGUUCAUCAAAAAAGUUGCUGUCAACUCUGGAGGCAAACACUGCUUAGCACUGUCUGCUGAGGGAGAGGUCUACUCUUGGGGUGAGGGCGAAGAUGGUAAACUUGGCCAUGGCAAUCGCAGCCCUUGUGAUCGUCCUCGUGUCAUUGAGUCACUGCGAGGCAAAGAAGUGGUUGAUGUCGCUGCAGGAGGAGCUCAUAGUGCAUGCAUCACAUCAGCAGGUGAAUUAUACACAUGGGGCAAGGGCCGCUACGGUCGUCUUGGCCAUGGUGACAGUGAAGACCAGCCAAGACCCAAGCAGGUGGAAGCCUUAAAGAACUACCGAGUUGUUGAUGUUGCUUGUGGCAGCGGAGAUGCACAGACUCUCUGUAUCACUGAUGAUGACAGUGUGUGGUCUUGGGGAGAUGGUGACUAUGGAAAACUAGGUCGAGGAGGCAGUGAUGGUUGUAAGGUUCCCAUGAAGAUUGACUCCCUGCAAGGAUUGGGUAUAGCCAAAGUGGAGUGUGGGUCGCAGUUUUCAGUUGCACUGUCAAAAUCAGGGGCUGUGUACACAUGGGGCAAGGGAGACUACCACAGACUUGGCCAUGGAACAGAUGACCAUGUGAGAAGGCCUAGACGGGUGUCAGCACUACAGGGCAAAAAGGUCAUCGAUGUGGCUUGUGGUUCCCUGCACUGUGUAGCCUGCACUGAUACAGGAGAAGUGUUUACUUGGGGAGACAAUGAUGAAGGACAGCUGGGAGAUGGGACUACCAAUGCCAUUCAGAGACCUCGCAUGGUGGCAGCUCUACAAGGAAAGAAAAUAAACAGAGUGGCCUGUGGCUCUGCCCAUAGUCUGGCCUGGUCCACACACAAGCCAGUCAGUGCUGGUCGCUUGCCGACACAGGUGCCCAUGGAAUUCAACCACUUGGUGAACCAGGGAAUGCCUGCCCUGCGCAACCGCCUGGUGCUUCUGCACCACUUCUCCGACCUGUUCUGCCCAUCUCUUCCCAUGUUCCAUCUUCAAGACAGUCCCCGCCUAGGCACCACCUUGUAUGCAGGCAGUGACAUGGCUGCUGCUAGCGAAGGAGGUGGUAGAAUUUUAGGGGUGGGCAUGGGUUCUGUAGUCGUAGAAAAGCAGGAAGAUACAACCACAGGACUUGACGCAUUGCGUGGUGUUCUUGUUUCAUCAGCAAAGGAAGCUGCAUUCAGAAAGGUGGUGCAGGCAACAAUGGUUCGGGACAAACAACAUGGGCCUGUAGUAGAAUUGAACAGGAUGCAGGUCAAAAAAUCAAGGAGCAAAGGUGGUUUUGCAGGUCCAGAUGGGAUCAAGUCGGUUUUCGGUCAAAUGUCACAGAAGAUGAGUGUGUUUGGACCUGAUAGCCUCAUGCUGCCUCACAGAGUUUGGAAAGUGAAGUUUGUAGGGGAGAGUGUUGAUGACUGUGGAGGUGGCUACAGUGAGUCUAUUGCGGAAAUGUGUGAUGAACUCCAGAAUGGCUCAUUGCCACUGCUCAUCUUCACUCCUAAUGGUCGUGAUGAGUCAGGGGCAAAUCGUGACUGCUUCAUCCCUGAUCCCAGUCUGAGAUCAGCAGUACACCAGAAUAUGUUUCGCUUCUUAGGCAUCCUGAUGGGCAUUGCCAUUCGCAGCGGCAGUCCCCUCAGUCUCAGCAUUGCAGAACCCACCUGGAAGCAGCUGGCGGGCAUGCCUCUGACUAUUGCUGACCUCACCGAGAUGGACAAAGAUUUUGUGCCUGGUCUUAUGUGUAUCAAGGAGAUGGAGGAUGAAGCUCUGUUGGCAGCUGACAUGCCUUUCAGUGUUCCAAGUGCUAACGGCCAGGAAGUUCACCUGAGUCACCGCCACACCAGAAUCACACCUGACAACCGCCAAGAAUACAUCAAGAUGGCCAUCAACUAUAGACUGCACGAGUUUGAUCAGCAGAUCCAGUGGGUAAGAGAAGGCAUGGCGCGUGUCAUCCCUGUUCCACUCUUAUCACUCUUCACAGGCUUUGAACUUGAAACAAUGGUAUGUGGAAGCCCAGACAUUCCUCUUACUUUGCUGAAGUCUGUGGCAACUUACAAAGGUAUUGAGGCUACAGCUCCACUGGUCCAGUGGUUCUGGGAAGUAAUGGACGAAUUCAGCAAUGCUGAACGAUCUCUCUUUCUUCGUUUCGUUUGGGGUCGCACACGCUUGCCCCGCACAAUUGCUGACUUCCGUGGCAGGGACUUUGUUCUGCAGGUGCUGGAUAAAUAUAAUCCUCCAGAUCAUUUCCUGCCAGAAAGCUACACUUGCUUCUUUCUACUGAAAAUGCCGCGCUACUCAUGCAAAGCUGUCCUGAAGGAGAAAUUGAAGUACGCCAUUCACUUCUGCAAGUCUAUAGACACUGACGACUAUGCUCGGGUGGCCCUCACUGCAGAUGCCCUGGAUGAUGAUACACCAGAAGCUAGUGAAGAGUCAGACAUGGACAGCAUUGAAUCUGAUGGUGAAAUCGUCGAUUCUGAAGCCAGUUAAACAAGGAGAAUGUCAGGUGUUAUUCAGGAUCAAGUCUGUGAUGCAGGAACUUUCGUGUAGUCAUCUUUUUUGUGAUCACCAUUUGUCAAGAACACGUCAGCAUUCAAUUUUGUCAUUAUAUGGGAUGCGUCUGCUGAACUGCCAUAAGAUCCAGCUUUCUCCCUUCCUGUCUCAGGCAUUUUAAACUGAGGCUGCAUCAACUGGUUGCUUUAAUUCCCAUUUAUACUUAGGCUGUAUCAACCAGUACCUUUUUUACAUAAUGUGAACCAAAAAAGCCUGACAGCCUGCUAAAACGCUUCACAUUUUAAAAAACUGUUCACAAGUCUUGUAAAUGUGGAAACGAGCUCGUCUGAGUGAAUGAUUUAUCUUUUGCCAUUUCUGAAAUUCACAGGACUUGAUAGAAGUGCUGAUGUAGAGCCUAGUUGUUAUCUUCAGGAAUUUGGCAAACAGAAGACCAGACAUGACAUGGAACCAAUUAAUUUAUGGUCUUUUGCCAGAAUGCUGCUAGCAUGAACAUCCUGGCCUAUCAUCAGUACUAGUUUAACAGAACGUUUCUUGUGGAUGGCUGUGUUCCAGUCAUAUUAUCAGGCUUGGUGAGCAAUCAUACGUCAUGCUUUAAGAAUACAGCUUUCAUGGUGGGUCGUGGCUGCCCUGAGGCAAUACAACAUUGGAGGACAUCAUCUUCUGGUGCUGCUUAAGCAUCAGUAAUUUAUUUAUUUAUUUUUUUAAUGAAAACACCCCCAAACUUAUUUGCUGUCACUAUGUUAACAGGGUAUGGAUGUGGUCAUCACCUAUUCUUGCUCCUUGAUGCCACACCUUAUGAAGGGUAAACACUCUUUAGCUAGUGCCCUGUAGAUUUCAUUUGCUGCAAUUUAUUUCCUUCAUACUUAGUAUGACCUAGCAUUUAACUGUAUUUUUGUAAAGCAUAUAAAUAUGCCAGGACUUUGCUCACAAAAUAAUGAUGAAAAAUUUUUCUUGUGGAUGAAAGGGUUUCUUUGGAAUGAUUUCACUAUCAGACUUUAAAAACUGCAGCUGACGUUACCCCUAGUCCUCCAAAGAUAACACUUUUAUUUACAUACUUCAGUGAACAGACAGCAUAAUCAGCAUCAUUUUUUCAUUAAGAUGCAGCAUUAUUAAGACUUACGUAAUUCAGCAGUUGUGAUAAAAGAAAACAGUUUCAUUUGUUUAUAGUGUUAUGUGUGCUGUUUUCAUUAAUCUGUUUUGAAAUGCUUAUGUGUGAAUGAACGAAUGCACCUGGGAAAAUAAUCUUAAUCAUAAAAACAUGGCUAUCAUAAAUAUUUGAUUACAAUGGCAUCAAAAUCUCCAGAAUGUCUUGAAUGUACAGUUGGUAUUAUAAAUUCUUGUCAAAUGGUAUUUACUUCACAGUUUGAAACUGUGGCACAUCUGUGAUUUUUGUGAUGACUUUAUCAUGCAUUUUUUUUUUAAAUGAUUGUCUCUGUGUAUUAUGUUGAUCUGUCCGACAUAUUUGUACAUCUAACACGUUUAAUAGUAGACACAUCAUCAUUCAUGAUCAUGUGUCCACCAGCAGCCACAGGCCACUGAGUAGACUUCAUCAUAAAGUUUGUUAUCAAGCAGGACAUGCAGUUAAAAACAUUAAAUACGUGAUUUUCUCAUCAGUAGAUCUAAUGUUUAUUGCCUCUGGUAACAAUGGCAGAUUAAUAUUGAUGCCUGUAUUGACAAAAGAUUAAAAGUGUUGCUGUCAGUAAAAUC